CACCGACCGAAUACCAUCACAUCCUCACGUUAUUGGACACAGCCGAUUGUAAUAUUUACGAUCUUAAGCACUAAGCAACAAUAUUAUUAUUCUGUGUGUACUGUGUUGGCGUCCGACAUUCGGAGUGGUCGUCCCAAUUCCCAAACGUCUCAACAUCUUGAACAAGUAAACACAUUACACAAAACACGCAUAAAACAAACACAACAAAUACAUGCAUUUUAUUAUCUGAGAAUGGAGAACUGCGCGCUCAGCGGAAACUAUAGAGACCAGAGAGACAUCUACAAUGCGUCACAGCAGRCUCUGUUUAGGACCAUUACUCCAUUUACCAUUAGUCGGUUGUAGUGAACCACGCUACUAUAUACCUACUCUGGUUUCGUUCUAUUUACGCGUUAUUGGUUUCAGGGUUUUUUUUUUAUCUCUAUAUCUUUAUCGAACGCAAUAAUAAUUCGUGUACACUCUAAAGCGUUUGAAGUCUGUUUUCAUCUGCAGUGAUAGAAUCGCAUUCAUACUCAAAGAAUAAUGAUGAGUGAAAUUAUCACCACCCAGCCUACAGCUCCGUUUCAAAUCCAAUGGCCCCAAUCAUCUCCAGCUGCAGUAUCACAACCUAUGGGUCCUAGCAGCACACAAACUGUAUGCACUGCCUGCGGAAAUUUCAUUUAUACAAAUACAUCUAGGAAAGCAAAAUCUUCUGCUUGGUGGAGUUGUAUACUGAUGUGUAUCUGUGGAUGUUUUUGUGGAUGCUGUCUAAUUCCUUGUUGCAUGGACUCUUGCAAUGUUGUCAACCACAAAUGCCCAAAAUGUGACAAUUUUUUGGGACAGUACAGGCCAUAAACUUAAGAACAAAACUAUAAUAAUAUGAUAUAAAACGAUAUGAGUUUUAACUUUAAAUUAUACCUUUUUUUUCUCCGUUUAUUAAUUAUUUAAAAUGACAAUUGAAUAUAGGUUGUUUUCAAUGUUAGUGUAUUAUUUCUACUAAAUACUAAUAAUAUUAAACUUCAUAUUUAUUCUUUCAUUUUACACUCAAACAUGUAUAUUAUCAUGAUGGAAGGAGAUUUAAAUGAAGGUGCCAUUUUAUUAUUUUAUUACCUACUGAUUACAAUAAAUUAAAAUUGA